AUGGCUCUAACAUUGCUUGUUAACGCCAUUCUUCUCGCUAUCCCUCUCGGAGGUUCCGUGGGAACCCUGGUCGGAAUCGACGCUCACCUUGCCGCGACCGGUCAAAAACCACUGUUCAGUAGCGACGGAGACUCGGAUUCGGGCUCGGGAUCUGGAGGCAGCUCAGGCAAUUCGGGAAGCACAGGCGGUGGUUCAGGAGGCAGCGGCAGCGUCACCAACAACGGUCUCACCAACACCUUAUACUGCGAAUCCUCAUGGGGUAUCUCUCCACCAUCUCAGGGAGAACAAUUUACACUCAACCCCAAUCAGUGGGGUGUUACCGACACCACAGUAGGCGCUUUGUGUAUGAAUGUCACAACAUACAACAAUGAGACCUACCCGACCAAGACCACUGCACCGGACUGGUCAGUGACUUGGAAAUUCAACGCCGGUCCCGAGACUCAACCUGUGCAUGCUUUCCCCAAUAUCCAAGUCGAAGAUGUACUGCCUGUGGUGUUGGAGGAUAUCACCGACAUUGACUUUGCUCUUCACUGGACCUACGGUGUGGGCGACGCCAUUGUGGCCUCCACGGACCUAACAGCCCUUACCGCCGAAGACCUUGAAUGCAACGUCGCCGUCGAUAUGUUCUUUGACAGUGACAAGGCCACAGCUCAGAACAGUACCACUGCCUCAUUCGAAGUCAUGGUGUGGUUUGCGCGAUUUGGUGCUUCGUCUGAUCCCAUCGGCUAUUCAGACGGUAUUGUUACAAACCAUACCAUCAACGGGACUACAUUCGGGCUCUACAGUGGUCAGAACAGCAACAGCCAAAAUGUAUUGACGUGGAUUGCAUCAGAGACUACAGAAGAGUUUGAGGGUGAUCUGUACCCAUUGAUCACAGAUCUCUAUUCUUUAUCUGGAAGUACUUAUCCGUCUAAGGCGGACUACAUGGGUAUCUUCCAGUUCGGAACCGAGGCUUUCUCGGCUGCGAGUAACGUCACUUUCGGAGUGACAGAGUUGUCUAUUGAUAUCAAGUCAUGA